CUAGAUUAACAUUUUUAAAGUUAACGAUGCGAUGUUUCACAUCUAUUAUUUAUAACGGUUACUAUGCACAAGCUUACGUAAAAUUAAUGGGUGACUCGUAAAAGGAAUAAUAAAUAAUAAUGACGUUCUCUACAAACGGAUCAAUACUUUCGAAAUGCGGUUCGUCGUUGCAUUUCAUAUUUCUCCGCUUCUCUAAUAAAUAAAGCUGGGACAUGCAAUUAGAUAAUUAAAUGUAUAUGUAGGUAUAUAUAUAUCUGGUCAGUAUUUUCAUUGCAUUGACUAUUGAUCAUAUCCCUACCCGUGGUUUUUCGUCCUUUGCUUGUUAUCAGUAUCAGUAGCAGAGCGGGUUCUAUAUUAAUACGCGCAAAGAGGUGAUCUCCAUGAUUAAAAAGGGAGAGAGAGGGGGGGAAACAAAAUGGAAAGGGAAAAUAGGAUUACCACGAUAUAGUAGUAUGAUAUACUAGCUAGAGUAAGGGAUGAAAGAGGUGGUAGAGGGACGAAGGGAGGGAAGAGACGCUUCGAUAAGUCCGUUGACCUACCAUGCUCGGCUGCUCCUCCCACUAACUUCUCGUUUGUCACAAGUUGCGCAGAACUUUUCCAGCUUAAAUUCCCUUCCUGUUGAGUUUUUGCUGAAGUAAUACUUAUAUACUUACGCUUGCUGAAUGCAUGGAGGGAGGAAAGGAGUCUGAAGGAUUUUCGACUAUCCAACAACUUUACUACGCCAUUUACUUUCUACCUUGGCUCUUAUCAAGCAGUAGUUUGUAAAAUGUUUCGAUAAGAAAAUUUAAACGUUGCUUUAUAUCGGUCAAAGCUUAAUUACAUAUAUGUUAUGUUUUAAAAUAUUAUAAAAUAAUUGAAACAAUAAAUAUUAGCUCAUUUAUUCUGUCUUAUAUGAGAAGUAAAUGCAUUUGACAGAAAUAUGUUUGGGACUUUGCGUAACAAAUUUCAGACAGUACAAGAAGGUUUAUCUGCUAGUAUACGGGGCUUAACAGUUACCGAAAAUCCUAAACAGAAAAAAAUUGUUAAAUCUAGAAAUGUUAAUUAUGAUGCAGGCGCGGAUAUCUUGCAUCAUUUUCAGUUACAAUGGAACGAAUUACACGAAUUAGCGGAAGAGAAUGCAUCUAAGGCUCAAGAAGUUGAUACUCUUGUAACUUCCAUUUACGACAAAUUGGAUUACGAAUGGAAUAACAUAACGUGUUUAAACAACACAUUAGCUAUCAUUCCUAAAAUAAAUAAUGGGAUUCAAAAUCUUAUGGAUCAAAUAGGAACAUUAGAAGAAAUGUUCGAAGAAGUCGAAGGAGCAUUGUACAGAUUGGAAAAUCUAAAUGAAAUGCUAGAUUUACAGAGUAGACAAUUGGAUCACAGAUUUCAGUUGGCUUUGUAUAAAGAAAAAAGAUUAUCUGAAAUUAAUUCUGUACAGGCAAAAUUGGCAAAUGAACAUAUUAAUAGAGUAUCGAAGCAUGAACAAAAGCAACAAUUAAUGUUAAAAGAGCGUCAAGAGACUUUUGAUGAAGUUUUUAAAGGAGAAUUGGAAGCUUAUAAAGCGACAGGACAUAUACCUAAAAUACCAACAACUAAACAAGGUCCAUCUUUGGAUGAAAUAGUAUUAGAUGUAGAUUCUCAAAUUUUUAAUGAGUUCUUAGAGAAUUGAACAUUUAUUAAGAACUGAUCCUUUAACACGCUCAUUGUCUAUCCCUUUCAAUUGAAUGAAUGAAAAAUAUAUUAUUAUUUGUUUGUUUUGUAGGGAAGAAUAAUAUUUGUUUUUUAUCAUUAUUAUAUAUUUGCAUUAAUUAUGCAUAAUACGUAUAUGACAAUUAAAUUGAUUGUGACAUAUCAUCUUAAAAGAAAAAUGAUUCGCAGUCAACACUACAUAUAAGUAAAUGUAAUACCGAUAUAUAGAUAUGUGCAGAGAUAACGUGAUAUAUUAAAAAACAAUUGGAAAUUUAUUUUAUUAUACUAUAUAAUGAAGUAUGUAUAACGUUAAAAAUUAAUUAUUUUCUAUAAAUAUAUAUUAUCAACAAAC